ACCUUAUUCCCCCAUCCCCAGUCCUUCCCCCCCCCCCAUUUCCGUCCCUCGCUUCGUUCUGUCUUGAUAAUAGGUGAGCAUUUUUGCUGCCGUCCAAUCCUUUCAAUUGCUUUCAAGUUCUCGUGUUUAUUUCUCCGGCUGUACGGGAAUAAUAAUAAUAAUAUAAUGUCCAACCCCCCGGUAAUGGUUGAUUUACAAGAUUAGACGAUUCUCAUGGCGCCGUCCGAUCAGCCAAUUGCGGAAGCAGAAAAGGCACGACGGCUGGGAGGGACAACGACCAUCACGGCGAGAGCGGGGAAGAGGGAAGCGUACAAAACGCAAUCAUUCGAGUUUCGUGGCUUUGACUUCUUCGCUAAUCGCGACUUCAACGAGUUGAAGAAUGCCUCGCGGGCUUAUUUUGCGCCUUCUGCCAACCCGGAAAAACACCUGCGUCUCCCAUCUACGUGGUUAGGCGAUGCGACGCCUCCUAGCAGCCCGCGGCCCUCCGGCGAAAGGCCAUCGGCCGGAGAGGAAGGGCUUCCCGCUCCGCUUCAUAGUCGUGCGCCCGCGGAAGACAAGAGGAUAAUGGGAUUAAAGAAAGCUCAAUUUUGGUGGUUAAUAGCAUUGAUAUCGCUGUUGCUAGUUGUCGCGAUCGGGGUUGGAGUUGGCGUUGGAGUAGCGUCACAAAAUUCCAAAGAAGCUGCUGUCGCUGGUGCCGGUCCCGAUGCUGUCUCAUCGUCAAGUUCGCCCUCCACGACCGCGGAAUCAAGCUCAAGCAUGUCUACGAACACAGCCAGCUCUGCAACGUCCACUUCUAGCCCGUCCAAGACCCGUACCUCGCCAAGUUCUACUCCCACCGGUAAUGCUGCAGGGAAGAUCGACUGUCCGGCCGCAAACGGAACUACUUACCAAGUUCCGGGUUCGGAUAAGCAAUUCUUACGAAUCUGCGGUAUAGACUAUAGCGAUAUCGAGUCGACGAAUCUACGGCAGGUCCCCACGGAAAGCAUAUUGGACUGCAUGAAGAACUGCGCGGGAACUGCUGGGUGUACAGGUUGCGGCUGGGGCUACAUCGAGGGCGAUACGGGUACCCAGCAUACCUGUUGGCUAAAGGGUAAUUUGAAGAAGUCUCACGAGGCUGACAUCAACUGGGCCUUCGCUAUACUUUUAUAAGCGAAUCGUGAGAUGCGAGAGCGUGAACCUUGGUUAUUUUCAGAUUGGAUAUAAUGGGGCUUGUAAUCGAUUUUUACGUAGGAAAAAACUAAUUAAGCAUGAUACCCCUGAUAAGAAUCACGCUGCUGCUGUUCAAGACAUUCCAUGCGUAUAUUGCUAAGGAUUACGACUCAAUUUUCUAGCUACGAUGACUUGACUCUGGUAAGAAAUCCGCAGAAGUUGGCUACAAGUUACAGAAGACAUGGAAACGACACGGCACAUAUAAUUA